GAAUUCAUGCAACCCUGGACAAGGUUCCAUUUUGCUCAGCUGAUGAGAAGUUCUCUUCGGUCUUCAUCACGUUUCUCCCUAUCGAAAAUAUCUGUCAUCUUUUGGAUUUAUCCGAUUCUUGGAUUGCUUCCAAUUUAAUCCUUUCAAUCCCGGGAUUAACAAAUUCCUUAUUGCAAGAAUUAGUAACUCUCAAUUCCCUUUACAAGUAUUGGGGUUCCUUUUUCCACAGGCAGUGCAAGAAAAGUUCCAGAUUUCCAGAAUUAUCGUUUGUGAAAUAUAACAGCUUCGAACCCAGUACAUAUUGAUGUGCUAUUUAAUUGUAAGUACUUUUAAAAAAUGGUUCAAAUAUGAAGCUAUCAGUACUACUCAACCGGUCAGAUCGAUAACGUUUUUAAUUACGAAAGUAUCCGAUUAUUGAUCAUUGGCUUGAUACUGUGUCAACAGUACUGUUAAUGGUGUGAACGGUUAUGGAUAAACAUGUUUCUCAGCUUAUUGUUUGAAGAUGAACAGCAAGAUGAUACUUGAAUUAUGAGAUGAAAUAAGUAUUCAGUUAAUUAUACUAGUUAGUAGCGUAAGAAAGGGUCAGUGCCAGUUAGUGAAAGAAGGUUAUAGUAUUACUGAGCUUUAUUAUUUUAAUUAAAAAUAAACGCUAUGAUUGAUUGAACUGGUUAAAUUAAGCUAUAAUAAUGAAUUAUAUAAAUGAAAUUAUGUACUUGGAAUACUAUUAUUUUAGUUAAAUAUUCAAAAACUUACUAAUUAAACUCAAGAUUGCUUUAGUUGAAAUUAUAAAUUUCAUUUAUUAAUUUUCAGUACGUAAUUAUUAUUGAAUAAUAAAAAAUAACCAUGGGUAAUAUCGUUCUAAUAUUAUUUAAUACCCAUGAGAAGAUGGUUACCCAUAGACUGCUAAAUUGCCAGUCUGCUAUCCUUGUUAUGAUUUCUUAAAAUUCAAUCAAAAAUGUCAUCUGAUACAUUUAAGUGACAUUCUUGAGAAUGGAUAAGAUACCAGAAGAUACCACCGACAGCUGCAGCACAAGUAGUUCAGUUGAGCUGCAGAUACCGACAGUGAGUAACAAUGAUGCAGACGAUAGCGAUUCAGCAACAGUUGUGCCAUUGCAUCCCAGCAUCCAAAAUGCGGAUUCUAGUCCGUAUUCUAGUUGCUCGGAGGAACCUAAACAGUUCCUGACAAUUAGUCCGGGAAGACAUUGUUCUGUAGAUUCCUCAUCGUCCGGCAGUUCAGGUGGCAGGAGAUCAAACUGUUCUACACCAUGCAGGUCUCCUGUGCCACCCAGCAGUCCUCAGGGUCCCAGAUUUAAACUUAUAUACGAGGGACAAGUGCAUUUGUGUCGCCUAAAUCAUACUAGAACAGUAAUUAGCAAAUUACUGAGUUCAAGGUUCUUAAGGAGGUGGGAGACACAUCAUUUGAUAUUAGAGGAUUCGUACAUGACAUCCAGACAUCCUGGUGGUUUUAUGGAGGAUCCAAUUCCAUAUAGAAUAGUACAAGAUGUAUAUUCGGUUUCAAGAUGGGACAAAGUGGGACGAUUUUAUAUAAGAUUAGUGAUUCCAGAUGGAUCCAUUCUGUUGCAGGUUUCUAAUUCUUAUGUACGAGAUCAGUGGUUACAUUCCUUGAUGUGGAAGAGAAAUGUUUUUAAAGUUGGAAGAACAUUAAUUUCCUGUAACAGACCAGAAAUUUUAGUAUCAGAAUUAAGGUUUUUAGUUGACAUGACUCUUUCUACCCCUUUACAAGAUGAAUGUUUAAUUAGUUCAGCUUUAAAUAUCAUAUCUGACGUUUUAUCAAAGGGUUCUUCGUGGAUGACACGUAGUAUAGCAGAAGAAGUGAUAAUUACUGUUGCUACAAUUUUUGAAUAUUCCACACCUACAUCAGAGAUUUGUGAUUUUUUCUGUUGGCAUUGCCGGGAAAACCCUAGAUCUGUUGUUAUCCUUGAUAUAUUUACGCCCAUUGUAGAAAAAAUUCUGAAACAUAACAUGGAUUUUGGUAAACAUUUAAAGACCCGGCUAUUUGUUCAAGAAUAUAUUCUAGCAGUUAACUGCCAAAACCGUGGAGAUCGUAUAAUUAAAGAAUUCAUUGAUGGCAUCCAUGGUCCUGCUAGUAUUUGUCCUCAUCCUCGAGUGGUCUUUAAUAUUGUAGCCAUUUGCGUAGCAGCAAUUCAAACUAUUUUUUCAAACAAAAGAGCUGAAUUCUUGGAAGAAGCUAACCAGACUAAAAGUGAUUUAGAAUACAUUAACUGGGAGACAAAAUUAGAUUGUUUUACUUACAUUUUUUCUUUACUAACAACGUUCGACGAUUGGCGAGUGCAUAUAGCUGAGUUAUUACAACCUAUUCCCUUUCAUGAUGAUGCUCUGGCUUGCGUGAAUUUUACAUCAAAAAUGAAAGAAGUGAUGCGAUCAUUCGUUCAAGAUGACAGAUGCCAGGUGCAUCAGAAUCUAGUUACUGUAAGAGAUGAAAAAGUUGGUUGGCUUGAUAUAUAUUGCCUGGGAAACGUUGCCUGCGAUGAUGAAGGUGACCUCUGGAGUUUGAUGCUGGAUCGAUUGAUCACUUGCUGCUUCAAGAGGCGGAAGUUCUUGCAAUCACUAGCCAAACAGCAACUGGGUCCGUGUCUGCUGCGCGCCUUAAGGGAAGACGAAACGUGCCAAAAAACGUUGUGUGCCUUGCUGGAGAUGAAUGUAGUGGACAACAAAGACCUCCAGCUGCAAAUCAUCACCACCCUUCAGAGUACCUCCAUUGGAAAGAGACACUAUGCUACUCUGUGCGAGAAGCAGAUGCAUUUGAGACAGCUGCAACAAAAGGGUGGUCCGAAAAAACUCGCUUUGCCUUCCAAAUCUACUGAUGCAGACGUAUCCCGCCUGUUGAGCAGUGGUUCUUUUGGAGAUUUGGAAUGUUUAUCUCUAGCGUUCACCCAAGUGACUAGCGCAUGCGCAGAAGAGCUCAUUAAACUUGAAUCACUUCGUUACCUCAACCUGUGGUCGACGCAGUUCGACGAUACGGGAUUGCGUCUACUUUCAGAACAUCUUCCCAAUUUACAAGUGCUCAACCUCUGCGAAACAAGGGUUACAGAUGGAGGAUUGGCUACACUUGCAGCUAUGAAGAGCUUAAGAAAAUUGAAUUUAAAUAGUACAGGGCUGAGUCCAGAAACAUUUGAAGAGAUAAAGAAAAAUAUUCCAGUUUUGCAGGAAGUGGAUAUUCGUUAUACAGAAGCUUGGGGAUUUUGAGGAAUUUGUUCUUCCUAAACUUUAUAUACGAGCUUUUUUGCCAAUU